CUCUUACACCUGUACAUUCGUGUGUUCUUGUGGCAGUAUUAUGGAUUUCGAUUUUCACACCAAUUGAAUUUCAUUUUAUAUCCUGAAAGCUAUUCUGUUAAAUCACGAGGAGAAUGUCUAAUAAUUUUCAAACACGAAUAGCCUCUGUUAUAGAAUUAUUGGCAAAAGCGGCCUUAGAAGAAAUGAGGAAAGUUGUCGACCUGGACUCUGUUGUUUUAGGUUUUGAAAUAUCGCAGGAUCAAAAUGAGGAUGGAGUGCCGAAGAAACCGCUCUUUAUGGCACAGAUUUCUACUGUUUUGGAUGCACUGGCUAAAGACGCAGUAAACAACCUCUGUAAACUUGCCACUGAAGAGUCAGCGGCUUUGCGUCUGGAAGUGUCUCAGAGCCGGGAUGAGAUUGGAACUCUGAAGAGGAAACUGGAGCUGAUAGAGAAGGAGUUAAGGACUUUGCAGGGAGGUGCAGCAGGAGAGAGAUCCUUAAAAACCCAUUCUGUUGGAGUGCAGGUUGCUUUGGAAUUAAGAGAAACAGAAAGAGAGGAAUCCCGGUCUCGUCAGGUUGGGUUGUGGGGGGACUCUGGACUCACAGACAUGGAAGAGGACGUAAAUCCACUGCAGUGUGUGGUCAUGAUGGUAGAGUCGGAGGAUUUGCAAGACGAUGGACUCGAAUCGAUUGUCAUCAAGGAAGAAAUAUUGGAAGAGGACUUGGAUGACGCCAAUCUACAGGAGGGCCUGAAACUCAGUGGAGAGGGUGAGAUUGGAUCUGUAAAAUUAGGCACUUACGCAGGGGAAAAACCUCCCAUUAUACAUCAGGUCCCUGCAGAGGAAACCGGCACGCAUACAGAGGACGUGGAGGGACAGGAUGCUGCUGCCAAGUCAAACGCAGACGUUCCUGUCAAAGACGAAUGCCUCGCCAGUAGAAAGCAUUUCAGGAAAACGAAAAACCUGAAGACUGGCGGGACGGCAGGCAAUGACGAAAAAAGACCAGGCUAUUCAAACGACAGGAAGCACAUUAGACAGAAGUGUACUCCUAAAAUCAAACGGGUCCUCGGCUCGGCAGAGAAACUGUUUGUCUGCGGACAUUGCGGGAAGAGAUUUGCGGUGAAACACAGGCUUGAAUUGCACGAGCGGGUUCACACUGGAGAGAAACCGCACAAGAUCGCUCGCAAGGAAGAGAAGGCGUACAGCUGCACAGAGUGCGGAAAGACCUUCAAUCAGAAAUAUAGCCUUAAAACACACCAGAUUGUCCAUGCGGCAGAGAAACCAUUCAAUUGCACACGGUGUGGAAAGGGUUUCACUGUUAAACGCAGCCUCUUGGUACACCAGCGUAUUCACACGGGUGAGAAACCAUACAGCUGCGUUACAUGCGGAAAGAGUUUCCGCCAAGCUAGCUACCUUACAGUGCACCGCAGGGUUCACACAGGAGAGAAGCCGUACCCUUGCAACAAAUGUGAGAAGAGCUUCAGCAGUGCAAAUAGUCUGAAAACGCACCAGGUAGUUCAUACGGGAGAGAAGGCCUUCAGCUGUGCUAUAUGCGGGAGGAGUUUCAGCGUUGCAGUUAACCUCAAUCGACACCUACGAGUGCACACGGGAGAGAAACCGUUCAGCUGUGACAUAUGCGGGAGGUGUUUCACACAAGCUAAUAGUCUGAAAGACCAUAAGCAAAUUCACACUGGACAGAGAAGGUUUAGAAAGGAGAAACCAUUCAGUUGCGCUACAUGUGGGAGAAGGUUCACUCAUCAGGUCACACUCCAGAAACAUGAGGAAACUCACACUGGAGAGCAAAACACACAGAAUCCUUGCACUUGUGAGUUUUGUGGAAAGACCUUCAGGUAUGCGCAUUACCUUAAAAUACAUGAGCGAGUUCACACAGGAGAGAAACCAUACAGCUGUGUGAAGUGUGGCAGGUGUUUUAGCCAGGUAAGUGCACUUCUAUCACACCAAAAAAUACACACAGGAGAGAAACCAUUCACCUGUGACAUAUGUGGGAAGAAUUUCAGUUUUCAAAAUAGUCUUAAGUCACAUCAAAGAACUCACACUGGAGAGAAGCCUUUUAACUGUGCCACAUGUGGGAAGACUUUCAGUUUUGUGGGCAAUCUUAAGAGACAUCAACGUGUUCACACAGGAGAGAAACCAUUUAGCUGUCAUAUUUGUGGGAAAAGUUUCAGCCAAGCAAAUAAUGUUAAAGCUCACCAGCAAAUUCACACAGGAGAGAAACCAUUCAUGUGUGACAAGUGUGGGAAGAGUUUUGCAUAUGUAAGAAAUCUUAGGGAACACAAAUGUGUUUACACCUGAAGGGAACUAUUUUCUGGUACCAUUUGGGAAGAGGUUCUCUGAUCCUCAUCUUUUAAAAUCAGAAUUUCCUCAGAACCAAGCAACCUUGAUCUGUUCUUAUUAACAGGGCUUUAUGUAAAAUCUAAAAAUAAAAUGCAACUCCUUAGUAUGUCAGCUAGAAGCAGUCAUUCGCAAUAAAUAUUGCAUUGUGUCUCGUACAGAUGCUACUCUGUGUGAAAAAUACAGUUGUUGACAUUGACCCGAUGACUUGAAAAAAUUGGAAGUGGUUUCACUAACCCACUUAACCAGAGGGGCCACUGUUGAAGAAGACAGUGUUCUACAGUGUUCUGUAGACUGCCUGCUAAAACACUAAAUCUCUAGAGAAUGUUAUGGCCAAUUAUGCAGCAUUAUGGGAUUCCCAACAACACAUCUCCUGACAGCAAGGAAUUUGAGACUGGGGUCAACUAUUUGUUGUAAAAGUCUAGACCAAAUCUUUUAACUGGACCGUACAACAUGAUUGAUUUUUGGGGCCCCACAUGUUCCAUUACUGCACAUUUUCCUCUUCAUGCCAGGUUUCCCAUAGCAAGGAAUACCUUGUGACUUAAUUCUAAGAAGCCGUAAAGUGUCUCAGUAUUUGCACCAAACAGCCUUAUUAUGUUGACAAAAUAAGAACAUUAUACAUGUUGAAGUAUAGAGAGAUUUGGUUUAUUUAUAGGAUUUUAACAUCCUUGGUAGCAUUAAUUCAAUGAUAUUUGCUUUGUUAUUGCCCUUUAAUUUAUUUUGUAAGUUUUGAAUAAGAAUCAAAUAAUUCCAGGGACAACAAUAAUCCAGGUUAAAGUGAAAUUGAAGAUAUUUUUAUGGGGCCAAUGCACAGAAUGGGUAUUGGCAUCCUGUUGAUGUAUGGCUAUAUUUCUAUAAAACUUUGUCACUUAUCAAGAACUUCUACAACUUCCUAGGAUCAGAGUAGAUUAAUGUAUGCCUAAUGUGCCGUAAACUUACACUGGGCACAUGGGCCCAAAAUACACUCACUGAGCACUUUAUUAGGUAGACCUGCACACCAGCUUGUCAAUGCAAGUAUUUCAUCAGUCAAUCAUGUGGCAGCAACUAAAGGCUGUUUUUAUAUCUAUGUAAUAUAUCUAUCAGCUGUUUUUCAGACCAAAUGCCAGAAUGGGGAAGAAAUGUGAUCUUGUGACUUUGACUGACUUUGUGGAAUGAUUGUUGGUGCCAGACAGGGUGGUUUGAAUAUCUCCUGGCACAGUCUUUAAAGUUUGCAGAGAAUGGUGCGAAAAACAGAAAAAAUCCAGUGAGCAGCAGUUCUGUGAGCAAAAGGAGGGCCAGACUGGGCGAAGGUAACAGUAACACAAAUAACCACACAUUACAACAGUGGUAUGUAGAAGAGCAUUUCUGACCACACAAUGUGUCAAAACUCUUCAGUGGAUAGGUUACAUCAGCAGAAGAUCAUAAAUACCUAAUAAAGUGCUCACUGAGUACAUAUGCAUGACACAACACAGCCAAAUAUAUCAUAGUUUGUGUUAAUAGCCUCCUUGAAUUAUACUGAUUUGGUAAUGUUACAUGUUGCAUCACAUAAUUGCACUCAUUUGUGUGGCUCUUGUUUAACAAAAUUGCUGCCACAUACCAAUUUUUGUUCUUAUGAAUUGAUGAAUUUGGAUGAAAAAUUGUAUAUUCUCUAUUUUUUUGCCUAUCCGGUUUGUUUGAAUUAAGUUUACACCUUAAGAAACAUUUCUAAUGUAAAGUAUUACAAUUUUGAAUGCUACCAUUACCAUAUGAAGAACAUGUUAAAUAUUAAUUUGUUUUGUCCUGAUUAAAUGUAAUAUAGAUGUGCUCAUUUUGAACAGUUCUAUUUUGUCUGUUAAUGUACCCUAUUUUUUAUAUUAUUUCCAAGUGUAUACUGCUUGUGUGGAAUAUAUGAUUUCUUUUGAGAUCAA